AUGGUUCGUACAAUAAUCAAUACUACGAGUUCAAAUAAUUUGAAACAACAACAACAAGAACAACUCAAUAAAAUCAAAAAUCUUUCAUCUCCUUUGUCAUUAAUGUUGAAUAAACGAUGGAAUAAUAAUAAUAAUAAUAAUAAUCAAAAUUUUAAAGAAGAAAAUCUUAAUACUAUUAUGUUAUCAAUAUUAUCAGAUCAAAAUGAUAAUAAUAAUGAUUGUACAUUAUCACCAUUUUUAUUUGAACAUAAAAUUAGAAAACAAUUAUCAACAUCUUCAAGAUUUUAUGAUUUAUUAACAAAAAAUUUUACAAAUUAUUAUCAAAAUAUUGAUGAUAAAAUUCAUGAGAAUGAUGAUUAUCUUAAAAAUGAGAAUAAUCAAUUUAUUGAACAUGAUUUAAUUAUGAAAAAAAAAUAUCGUAAUUCAUGGCCAACAAUGUUAAAUAAACAAUCGACAAUUGCUUGUCUAUCAAAAUCAUUUGAUAUAUUAAAUAAAUUAAAUAAUGUUAAUCAUAAUCAACAAUUUGAUGAUAAUGAUACAAAAUUAACUUUUAACAAAUAUAAACGACCAUUACCAUGGUCAUCUAAUGAUAAAACAAAUUCAUUUUCAUCUAAGACAAUUUCUAAUUAUACACAUCAAUUUGUGAAUGAAAAUAUAAUUGAAAAAUUAGUAACAUCAAAUAAAACAAAAGAUAGUAGAAUUAUUAAUACAUCAUUAUCAUGUGAUCUAUCAUCACAACAAAAGGAUUAUGUCACACUUGUACGAGAAUUAGCACAAUUAAGAGAACAAUUAACUGAAAAAGAAGAUGAAGUCAAUGAACUUAAAGCUGAAAGGAAUAAUACACGAUUACUACUUGAACAUUUGGAACAACUUGUGGCUAGACACGAAAGGUCCCUCAGGAUGACUGUACUUAAACGACAACCGCAGGGUGUAUCAUCAGAAGUCGAAGUACUUAAAGCAUUAAAAUCCUUAUUUGAACAUCAUAAAGCGCUCGAUGAAAAAGUAAGAGAGCGUCUUAGAGUAGCCAUGGAACGUAAUACACAAUUAGAAGAAGAAUUAGAACGAACAAAAAAUGAUUUGAUGAAUGUUCGUGAAAGUACACAAUCAAAAGUAAUCGAUAUUAAUCAAUUGAAAAAUUUAUCAAAUGGUACUAUAGAUCCUGAUUCAUUAACGGGUAAAUUAAUUGAAAUGCAAGAAUUAAUGGAUAAACAAUGUAAUGAAUUAGUAUCAUCUCGUUCACGUGUACAUGAAUUGACGAAUCGAAAUAAAGAAUUAGAAGAAAAAUUAUACAUGAUACAACGUGAAUUAACGCAUACUCAAGAACAAACAACAAAAUAUCAACGAGAUUUAAAAGAAUCACAAGCACAAAAAGAAGAUCAAGAGGAAAGAAUAACAACAUUAGAAAAACGCUAUUUAAAUAUUCAGAAAGAAACGACACAUAUAACAGAAUUUAAUAAUAGACUAGAAAAUGAAUUAGCAACUAAAGAAACGCAAUUAAUACAUGCUGAAGAAAGAUAUCAGGCAUUACAUGAGAAAUAUGAUUCGCUUGAACAAAAAAUACAACGUUAUACUGAAUAUGAACAAUCAUCAGCAGUUCAACAACCAUCAUCUUCAUCGGAAACUGUUCCUUUGUCAGCGUCAACAAUUACAACGACAUCCGCAUCAAACGAAUUUCAACGAUCGUAUUUACAAAAUACACAAUCGAAUAAUAACGAUGAUAAAUUACAUCAAUUACAAAGUGAAUUUGACGAUCUUAAAAUAGAAUUAACAAGAGCUCGUCAACGUGAAAAAGUGACAGAUGAACAUAGUAAUCGUUUAUCAGCCACGAUUGAUAAAUUAUUAGCUGAGUCCAAUGAACGUUUACAAACUCAAUUACGUGAACGUAUGCAAGCAUUAGAAGAAAAAAAUCAACUUGUGCAGGAAUGUGAAAAAUUAAAAAAACAACUAGAUGACACACAAUCGGAAAGGACGAAACUUCUUGAUGAUAUUGAAAAGUUAAAAACAGAAUUAGAUCUAGUGAAAAAGGACCUUCAACGUUUUCAACAAAAAACAAUGAGCUUUGAGCCGCAGACAACCAACACUGUGUCAACAGUUCCUACGAUUACCACAUCAUCGACGAAUAUGAAUAAUUCUACAACAGUUAUCUCAUCGUCAUUGCCAACGUUAAAUUCGAUAAAUGUUUCAUUAUCAGCCAUUCCUUCUACAAUUACGACAAACACUAGUCUCUAUUCCACACCUCCUAGUAUUGAUUUCUACAGUGAAUCACUAAUAAGACGACCACCACCGCCUUCUAUUCAACAACGAACAGUGAAAACAACGAACGAUAUUUAUAAGCCAUCAGAUAUUACCGACUGGGAUAAUAUUGACCAAGCUCAAGUAAUCAACGAUGUUCGAUUAGCAUUUGAAUCGUCCGAUGUUGAAUUAACAACAGAUGAUGAAGAUUCACUUUAUCAACAUUCAAUCGAUGUAUUACCAUCAGCUACAAGUGGACAACAGCUUGCACAUUAUCAUCAUCCAGGCGAUGCACAAACAUUAGCUCUUAUGCUUCAAGAACAAUUAGAUGCCAUAAAUAAUGAAAUAAGAAUGAUACAAGCCGAAAAAGUGGAUGCAGAAUUACGUGCUGAAGAAUUAGAAUCACGUGUUGGUACAAACGUGACAUUGAUCGGCUAUCAUAUGGAUGAUGAUGUCAAUAACCAAGAUAUAAUAACGAAUGGAAUAUCAAACGCUCAUCAUAUUCAUCCAUCUCACCGACAUCUAAGAAAUUCUCCGCCACCUCCAGCUAGUGGACAUUCAACACCAAGAACAUCACCAACUAAACCUUACAAAUUUGCUACUACCCCAUCAGGAAUAUCUUCUUCGCAUAUGUACACGUACAAUGUAGCUGAUAGUACAAUGACUUCCGAGCCGAAAACAAAUGAUUAUCAACAUUAUCGACGUCAUUCUCGUUCCAAAGAUCCAACUAUUCCAUAUAAAACAGACUUUGGAACUCCAUCCAGAUUUAUUAAAUGUGAAUCCAGCCCUCCGACUACACCACCACGUGGAUCUGCGACAACAGCAAUUCCGACUACAAACAUGAUACGAACGACAACGCCACAUCACCAUUAUCAUCAACAACACUAUCAAAUUGCGUCAUCGAUUCACAAUCAAUAUCGAGCAAAUACAACUACAUCUAGUCAUGAAGAUAUUAGGCCACAUUUUUCAACUCCGUCAACGACUGGAAAUACUACUCAUCAAGAUUCUCCUAGUCCAAUAAGUAGUCAAAAUUCUAGUGACGAUUCUAUGCAUAGCAAAAAUCAACAAAAAAAGAAAGGUAUUCGGAAUUCACUAGGGAGAUUGUUUGGUGGCGCACGAAAACCAAGUAUCGGAACAGAAAAAAUAAAUAGUAUUCAACAUCAACAGUUACAUCAAGACUAUUCCUCUCCAUAUAUUUCAAGAACAUUUACGCAUGAUAGUGGCAAUAUUGAUACAAACGAAUCAUCAACAGGAACAUUGUUGAGUUUAGGAAAAAUCGAAUUUGAUCGUCGAAUUAAGAAAAAGCAAGAGCUUCUUGAAGACGCCAUCAAAAGUAAUCGUCCAUUUUCAUCAUGGGAUGGUGCUACUGUUGUUGCUUGGCUCGAGUUAUCUUUAAGUAUGCCGGCAUGGUAUGUAGCUGCAUGUCGAGCAAAUGUAAAAUCGGGUGCAAUCAUGUCUGAACUAAAUGAAGAAGAAAUUCAACGUCAAAUUGGUAUUAGUAAUCCAUUGCAUCGACUGAAAUUACGUCUUGCUAUUCAAGAGAUAAUGAAUUUAACAUCACCUGAAGGACCAAGAACAUCUGUUACGUCAUUAGCCUUUGGUGAAAUGAAUCACGAAUGGAUUGGCAAUGAGUGGUUGCCCAGUAUUGGUUUACCUCAAUAUCGAAGUUAUUUUAUGGAAUGUUUAGUUGAUGCAAGAAUGCUUGAACAUUUGAAUAAAAAAGAUUUGAGUAAACAAUUGAAAAUGGUCGAUAGUUUUCACAGAACCAGUUUUCAUUAUGGAGUUAUGGUUUUAAAGCGUAUUAACUAUGAUAAAAAAGAACUAGACAGACGACGUGAAGAAUCAUUGAAUGAAAAUCAAGACGUUUUUAUAUGGAGCAAUGAACGUGUGAUACACUGGUUGCAAACAAUAAGUGGUUUAAAAGAAUAUGCAAAUAAUCUUAUUGAAACAGGCAUUCAUGGUGGAUUAAUAGCACUUGAUGAGACAUUUGAAGCAAAUUCAAUGGCAUUAGCAUUACAAAUACCCAAUACUCAAACACAGGCACGACAAAUUUUGGAAAGAGAAUUUCGUCUUUUGUUAGCAAAUGGAACAGAUAGAAAAAUGGACGAUAUUGAACGCUUAAAACUAAAACGUGGAUCAUCAUUAUUCCAGAAGAAGUUUCGUGAUGUCUCAAAAUCGAAACAAUCAAAUGGUGAAAUUAAUGGCAAUAACAUCGUCACAAAUUCACCUGUUGAUAAAAUAAAUGGUUCUAACGCCAUUAUCAUUGAUACAAACUUAAUAACAACGAAUAAUAAUGAUAAUCACGUUGAUUCAUCAAUUAAAAUCGAAUGA